AUGAAGGGCAAUGAGAAGGUCAUAGAACGGCUCAAUGAGGCGCUGUUCCUCGAACUGGGCGCGGUCAAUCAGUACUGGCUGCACUAUCGGCUGCUGGAAGACUGGGGCUAUCAGAAGCUGGCCGCCAAGGAGCGCGCCGAAAGCAUCGAGGAGAUGCAUCACGCCGACAAGAUCGUCGAACGGAUCAUUUUCCUCGAAGGCUUCCCGAACCUGCAGAACGUGGCGCCCCUGCGCAUCGGCCAGAGCGUCCGCGAAGUACUCGAAUGCGAUCUGGCGGGCGAAAAGGAAGCCUGGGAUUCCUACACCAGGUCCCGUGACGUCUGCGAGGAAGCCGGCGAUUACGUGACCAAGAACCUCUUCGAGGAGCUGAUCGCCGACGAGGAAGGCCAUAUCGACUUCCUUGAAACCCAACUCGACCUGCUCGAAAAGCUGGGCGCCGAAAAGUACGGGCUUCUCAACGCUGUCUCGGCCGACGAGGCCGGGUAA